AAAUGCCGGCUGAGAAAACGGAAAGGGAAACUUCAUCUUCUUCGUGACCCAGCCGCAGCUUCUUCGUGACCCAGCCGUCCAACCCCAACAACCCAAUCUCAACCAUUUUUCUUCCAAAAACCAGCAAAAUCAAAUUCAAUUCAAAAUGUAGCACUCCUAGGAAACAAGCUGAAUCCCGAAAAUCCAAAAUCAAAAACGAAAAGGAAAAAAAAAAACCAGGAAACCUCCAUUGAUGUACAAAAAAAACUCAAAAACAACAAUCAUUGAACAAAGAAAUCGCGAUCAGAGGAGAAGAACCGAGUAGAAGGAGAGCUGGAAAUCAAAGAAACUCACCCAUGAUUGAAUCAGAAGGAGAAUUGAAGGAAACGGAACCAUUACAAAUAUUGGUGCAGAGCAAUGGGCAUUGGGAUGACAACAGAAACUAUGUUGAUUAUGAAUCAAGUGGAGAAUUAAUUUCGACCAAGUGCACUUUUGAGGAACUAAUGAGAAUAAUGAUGGAAGAACUCCAAUGCAACCAUGAAUCAACACAACUACAACUGAAAUAUCAACUGAAGGAAGGAGGCCAACCACUACAAAUCAAGGAUGACAAAAGUCUGUUGUUCUACAUAAAGCUAUUAACGAAGGAGGUUGAUUUCACAAGGUACCCAUUGUGUGUGAACAAAACCAGUAACACGGCACCACCUAACCAAACAAUGGUGUGGAACAAUAUGAUCAUGGAAUCGUAUGAGAACAACGCGGCACGGGAAGACUUGCGGCAACACCGGAAACAACACGGCAACAACUUCCAAGCAACAACUAUCUCGCAGACGAUGGGAUGCGAGUGA